AUGAAGUCCAAUACUGGUUACAAACUCACCAUGCACAGGGUGAGCGAACAGGAUGGCGGUUGGCUCGAGCAGUUCACUAGUCUAGGCUGGAGGCACAGCGAGACCCUGAGAACCCUGAAGGCGUCCGGUCGCCAGGGUUCCAGGGAUGUGGCUCCUGAAGUGCUCGCCUCCAUCAGGAGGAACGAAAUACGUCUCUCCAAACGAGAGAUGGAGGCAUUAUACGUGGAGGUUUUGUACACAGUUUUCCAUAAAGUUGGGGCGCAGUUACACACAGACAAGAAAGACAUCACCGAGGACCUCCCAAGAUACGCCCAAAAUGCUUUCCACAUCGACAUGCAGGAUCACCUGAGGCUGCAGGCCGUCGCUCAGGAAGAAAAGCCUCCAAUCCUCGUGCUGAAUCUGGUGGUGGUCGAAGCGGAGAACCUCGAAGCCAAAGAUCCAAAUGGUUUCAGCGACCCUUAUUGUAUGCUGGGGAUCCAGCCAGCUGUACAGAGCGGAGGUAUUCCAGGGUCUCCAAGGGACAUAUAUACCCUUGCCCAAGGUUCACCUCCUCCCGAUUCGCCGAGAGUUAGGGCGCAAGUGAGUCUGGGAUCAAGGAGUUCCGUGGAGACAGAGAGCGAGAAUGACCUCGAGCGGAGCAGCAGCUGUGAGAGCCCUAAGGGCUUUUCCAAGGAGAGUCUCCGUAAACAUCACAGCAUGGCAAGAUUGAAUUUGGAUUGUCUAAAGACGCCCGACGCGAAGCUCGAUAGUCCCCGAGAAAAGUUAAAGAAGAGACCCAGCUUUCGGUUGAGUUUCAAGCGGAAGCCAGCGGAAUCCAAGAAGGAGCGCAUGGAACACAGGGACUCUCUCAGCAACGCCAUUCCCGCCAAAAUCAUUCGCGCCACGUCUGUCAAGCCUCACACUCUCAACCCGAGAUGGAGCGAGAAGUUCAGAUUAGACAUCGACGACAUCAACUACGACAUCUUGCAUCUAGAUAUUUGGGACCAUGACGACGAGUCGAGCGUGUUCGACGUCGUGAGCAAACUGAACGAGGUCAAAGGGGUGAAGGGGCUGGGUCGCUUCUUCAAACAGAUUGCCCAGUCCGCCCGCCAGGGAGGAGGACAAGACGAUUUCCUCGGGUGCGUCAACAUUCCUCUUCAGGACAUUCCGAGCACCGGGGUGGACAAGUGGUACCCUCUGGAAGGCCGUUCGCACCGAUCCAAUAUCCAAGGACAAAUUCACCUGAAAAUGUGGCUCUCCACCAGAGAAGACAGAGGAACAUCAGAGGAGGAAUCGUGGGCCGAGGUGCGCCAGCAUGACCAGAUCAUCACAAUAUUUCUGCUGCACGAACUCUCAAAGUACAAGGAUGACACUACCUCGUGGGACGGAGAGCUGAGCGCCGCUGCCGAGACCAUACUUCACCAGCACGCCAUUCAGGGGGACCUCACCCCCCUGCAGCAGGCGAUGUGCCGUUGGACAGCCGCCGCCCGCACGCACGCCACCAAGACCUUGGACCAUAGGGUCUUGCAUCGCAUUCUCAUGUCGCUGCAUGACCUUUGGGACUCCGAAAGUCUUAGCAAGGAGGAGGAGGAGAUGUUAGGAGAGUCGUAUACGGCUUUCUUGGAGUUCGGCCUGAUGGAGAUACAACGACACAGGGAGUUCUACCCCACUCCCUCAAAGACCCACGCUAUUCGUCUUGAAGCUCUCAUGAAGUGCCUGUCCUUAUUAGCCGAGAGUCGGUCAUACUGGAAGGUCUGUCCGUUCCACAAGGAGGUCCGAGGGGAGGUCGUUGCCGCCGUGAAGAAAGGCGCCAUUGAAUGGUACGCCCAAGCCACUCUGAGGUACGAUCGUCAUAGAGAAGCGAGCAUAUCCACGGGAGGAGAUGUCGCCCUCGAAUCCCUGGCGCGACUGGCUCUCCACCUCACCCUCGACCUUCAAGCGGGACUCGACUAUUACGACCAUGCCUUCUCAUCAACAUCGCUCAAAAUCCCUUACAUCGCUCUGAACUACAAAAUCUUCGAAAAACUCCUGUCGGAAGACACCCUCAAAGUGUUAACCAUAAUACAGAUGGACGAGGACAUUGAAAACGAAGUGUGGCAGAUGUGCUCGGUGCUGAGGGACCUGGAGCUGAACAAGGAAUCCCCCCACUACUUCCCCCACUGUUCGACGGCGCCCUUCUUGCUCUACCUCGCUCUGGCUGAAUUCUCUAGAUUCCAGGAACAUGUCCCAAAUUCAGAGAGACGUACUCUACUUCUUGGAACAGUGUGGGGUCAUUUUCUUCCCUCGGUAACUAAAUGGGUUGAUGUUACGUGUUACAGAAUGCUUUGUAGGAUUCGAGCUGCUAUCCUUACUGAUAGAGUUGCUAAUACAGGAGAACCCGUCCAGUACACAACAUCAGCGGUUGACACCACAUCAUGUUUCUACCACGUAAAGACAUUUUGGAGGCAUUUGGCAUGGCCUGACCCAUGUUCUUCGUACACUUUGGUUGUUAAGAUGAUUGAGUCGAUGUCAGGCACAGCAGACUACUAUGUGUUCCUCCUGCAACAGCGUCUACAUACCCUAGCAACAGAUACAGAAGAGGAAGAAAGGGCCCAGCAGCUGUGCAUAACCGUCAAUAACAUGGAGCAUGUCAGGAACUCACUCACCUUACUGCAAGAGGAGUUACAGUUUGAGCAACUUGGCCAGAUUCUGGACGCUCAAGACCCUCGUGCUGGUACUACCUACAGUGAUCACCUAACUGGACUUCUCUUAGCAGCUCUCGGCAACCUAGACUCAAAGAUAGCAGAGUCCCUUUCUCCAGUUUCCGAAAAGCUUCGUCAAGAACUUCAGAAGGAUGUUUUUCAUCUGGCAUGGUCACCAGAUUCUUUGCCAGCAGAAGAGGCUGUACGUCCCCUUUUAGAGCGCCUUUAUGCUUCUUUAUCAAUGUAUUCAGCAGCAUUGCUCAAAAAUAAUCUUGAUCGACUAUUACAUCUACUUUGGUUGGGUGUGCUUGGUGCCCUCCAUCAACAAAUUGGCAAGGACACUGAGGAAAAACAAGAGGCCUUUUUUGUUCGUUUGUAUGAUGCUUUGGGUUUACUAAGGGGAUUUUUCCAUGCUCAUGGACGGGGACUAGAUAGUACCACACUCAUGGGAGAGGAGUACUCUGCUCUAGAAAGACAAUUAAGGCUACACAAGACUUCAACUGAGGCUCUAAUUGAAGCUUAUCAUUUAGAACGACUAGUGGUACAAGAGAGGACAGAGGCUUCAGAAUAUGGAGCAUUGUUUGUUAGAGUGUAUUUCAACCAUGACUCACUCUGUGUUGAAGUUCUUCAAGCAAGAAAUAUCAUUCCAUUAGACCCUAACGGUUUCAGCGAUCCAUUUGUGGUGAUAGAACUAUUACCUAAGCGGCUUUUUCCUGGAUCAGCUCCACAGCAAACUAACGUCCACAAAAAGACCCUUCACCCACUUUUUGACGAAUGUUUUGAGUUCCCUGCAACCUUGGAAAGUUGCCAGUCAGAGGGUGCCAUGAUCCUUUUUACUCUGAUGGAUCAUGACGUCAUCACUUGCAAUGACUUCGGAGGAGAAGCCUUUCUUUCUCUCAACACCAUACCAGGAGUUGUUCCUUCUUCAGCUUCAGUUGAUAAUUUCCAUGGACUUAAACCCAUCGAGCUCAACCUUAUGUUCCAAAAGGAUCCAGAUAAUAUCAUGCUAAAGGUCCUGGAAACAAGAACCAACGACAAGAUGGCCAUGGAAUUUGUCAAGAAACAAAAAGAAAGAAUAGCCUCCUAGGAUUUCAGUAAACCUCCCCUUUUGUGUGUGAGUGUGUAUGUGCAUACUGUAUGUGUAUUCUAUACAUCUACUUGAGCUCCUCUUGAGCUUUUAUUUUUAUAUAAGACUUAAUAUGUUUAUUAACUUCUCACGAGACAUUUAUGUGAAAAUUUAAUUGUAUGUGACAGGACCACGAAGUUUUACCUGAUUUGUCAUCAAUGACAUAAGUGGCUUACAUGCACUGGUUUGUUGUUUGGUAAGUGGAUAGAAAAAUAGUUUUAUUAAUUUAGUUUCAGGAUGUUUUUAUAGUAAUAUAUUGCAUUUCCGUGAAAGAAAUGCAAAUAUAACCUCCUGAAUACUACAGUGUAUUUUCAUGAUACAAGUAUAUAUGUAUUAUAUUUUAUAUAAUUUGAAAAUUGACUGCAUGGUAAUGAACACACUUGUACAUUUAAAUUAUAAAAAGUAGUGUAAUAUAAUUCAUAUUAAAAAUUGUCUGUUAAAAUUUCCAAAUUCUAAAACUUAUUGUGAAAUCAUACACUAUGAAGCAAAAUCUAAAAAUUUUAAAAAUAAUAUAACCUUUUCUGUUUCACAUUCUCAGCAUCUCUCAUAUUGGUAUGAAGCUCUUUUUCCAUAAUGAAACAUUGUGCUCUUAACAAGAUUGUUUCACCCACAGAUAUAAACUUGUCUAUUGAAGGCAUCCCUUUAAAUAUACAAAAUGAAAUCCCAAAGCUUUUCCAAAAGGACAUCAAAGAUUAAAAAAUAAUAAUGAAGCACCUGCUUGUCUAUAAUAGAAGAAAACUUAUCUACAUUAUACAGUAAUCACAGAAUGGCUUUUCUCCUUUAUUACUCAGUGUUAUUUGUUCAAUUAUGUACAAGGAGGUUUUUACAGAGUAGAUAUACAAAAUGUCAUAGAAUGCUUUGUAAAUCCUGUAAGGCUUCAGAGUGCCUCUUAGAGGAUCUCUCAUAUCAAGUGGCAUGAUGAUAAGUUAUAAAAACAGUAAGACCAGUCCACAAGAUUAUUUUGUUUGAGAUCUGACUUUUUUUAUACUCCAAUGCAUAAUUCAGAUGUUCCUGAAAAAGAGUUUGUUCACCGUCUCUGCUGAGGGUUUCAUAGGACAUUGGGAAAACGUGGACUGAUAUAGACCAUAGUCCAUUAAAUUAACUGAAGCUCAUAUAUCUAUAAAAAUUGGGAUCUCCAAAUCUCCCAAUGUCCCUUGUACUAACGGCCUCAGUUUUGGGGUGUCUCCCACAAGACCAAUGGCAUAUACAAGUCAUCCGUGGCCUUUUUUGUUGAUCUGGUUUCCAAAAAUUUCACCAAUCUCUUGGUCCCUUUGAGUGACCUGCUUGAGGAGCCUUUGCAUUUAAACUUCCAGAGUUCUGAGGUGGGGGUCUUGCAUCCCUGUGCUUCUGAGACAGACAAGAUCACCAAAAAUUAUCUGAACUUUUGCAUCCUCCACAGUAUUUUACUCUGCAUUGUUUCUUGGUGUGCCCUUGCUUAUUACAAUUGAAACUACACAACUGUUGCCCUGGAUCCACAGAUCCCCUAUUAUAUCCCACUUUGGCACACAAUAGA